ACACAACAGAACAAGUUUGUGAACUGGCAAGGCGAUGCUGAGAUCAGGGGAGAAGAUUUUACUGCAACGGUUACACUCGGAAACCCAGACGUCCUCGUGGGCUCUGGUAUUGUUGUAACACACUACCUCCAGUCCAUAACGCCGGCUCUGGCUCUGGGAGGGGAGCUGGUUUACCACCGCAGGCCAGGAGAGGAAGGCACAGUGAUGUCUUUAGUUGGGAGAUACACAGGCAGCAACUACAUCGCCACGUUGACUCUCGGUUCGGCGGGCGCUCAUGCUUCAUACUAUCACAAAGCCAACGAGCAGUUGCAGGUCGGCGUGGAGUUUGAGGCGAGCACCCGCAUGCAAGACACCAGUGUGUCAUUCGGCUACCAGCUAGAUGUGCCUAAAGCCAAUUUACUGUUUAAAGGUUCAGUAGACAGUAACUGGGUAGUUGGCGCAACGUUAGAAAAGAAGCUGCUCCCGCUGCCGCUCUCUCUGGUCCUCUGCACCUUCCUCAACCACCGCAAGAACAAAUUCCAGUGCGGUUUUGGCGUCACCAUCGGUUAGGUCGACGGAGCGGCGGGUUAUCGACCCGCAGACGGUUUUCACAGAACGGACAGACUCACUAUGGACGAGCAGACUAUGCCAUGUACACGACUGUGUGUCCCAUCAACUCAAUCUGUCACCCGAUUCGGCCAUUGUCCUGUUAUUGGUUUCCCAGAUCAUGUUUCAUCAAAUGUGGUGAAUAGAAAGGUAAUGAUGUAAAUCUAAUGCAUUUAAUCCUAUAAGACGAAUCGCCUGAUUGAUCAGAAGCGUAACAAAAUAAUGUGGUUGUUCAGCGAUUUGUUGACUGUCGACACAAACCAAUAGACGGUAGAAAGACGUAACACAUUAAGAGACAUUACAGAGCUCUUUGUUUUUGUCACUGAGUUCAGUGCCUGUUGCUCCGGUUUUGAAUUUUAUUCCUGUUUGUUUUUUUUACUGUAAAAUCUGUCUUGGUGUGCAGUGAAUGAAAUCGUUGCCAUUUGCUUGUUUAACGGUGAUUUAUUGGUUACAGACGAGUGUUACCAGCUAUUAGGAAGGAGUGUACUGUACUGCAUGUCACGUUCACAAUCCAUCACUUGUUUUGUUGCCUUUUUUUAAUGUUACAUGCAUAUGGAACCGUAUAUAUGACCUGUAUAUACCUCUUGGGAACUGAUAAAUACCAUUUCUUACAAAA